UUUCUGUUCCGUGUUUCAUGUUUCGUGUUCAUGAUAGAUUCAUUGCAAAUGGAAGUAGUUGUCAUUUUAUGAAGUGUCUUUAUUUAUUUUAUAUCCUGAAAAUUCAUCAACUUAUUGGAAAGAAUAAACGUUCUAUCAGGGACCUGAAAAUUCAUUGAUAUGAAUAAUAAAGAAAAACUGCCCAAACUGGUUGAUGUUUUUCGUCCAACGAACCCUCUUAGUAGGAGGCAACUGCCCUUAGUUGUUGAUGAAAAUUUAACGUUGGUUAUGGAUAUAAAAAGUUCUGGAAUCAUUUGUGAUAAUCAACUGUUACGUGGAAAGGAAUUAGAGGAGUUUGCUUGCAAGUGGGGAGUCUUGUCUUCGCAAGAAUUACAUAGCGCUCUUCAAAUUACAAAAUCUCAACUUAUGCAUGUAUUGAAUCAAAAUGUUCCAUGUGUUGGAUGUCGAAGAAGUGUCGAUAGACUAUAUUAUCAAUUAUUCCAAUUUGGACAUCCUACCUUAGAUCCACUGGUAGUGAGACCUGACGGAACUAUUAGUAUAAAGGAGGAUAGGCUUUCCUAUCCUGUUUUAGGAUCCAUAUUUCACGAUCAUGC